AACUAUGACACUUCUGAGAGGCAAACCUAAAGCCUUUAUCAAUUCUUGAUUUCUUGUAGAGAGAGAGAGAAGUGCAGGAAGCCAUGGGUGGAGGGAACGGGCAGAAGUCCAAGAUGGCUCGUGAAAGGAACAUGGAAAAGCUGAAAGCUGCUGGUAAGGGAAGUCAGCUUGAAACUAACAAGAAGGCUAUGAACAUCCAGUGCAAGGUAUGUAUGCAGACAUUCAUGUGCACUACUUCAGAGGUGAAGUGCAGAGAGCAUGCUGAGGCAAAGCAUCCCAAAGCUGAUGUCUACACAUGUUUCCCUCAUCUCAAGAAAUGAAUGAACAAUAUUGUCUUUCUCCUGUCUGAUGUUUCUGGUUUUUCUGCUUAGAUCAUUGCUCCAAACUGUCAGAUUGUAACCUGAAAUCUCUUGUGCAAUAUCUUCAUAAUAUAUGUUAUUUUACCACCAUUUGAUCUCCC